AUGUCGGACGUGGGCGACAGCAACAACCACAAGCGGUCCAAGUCCGCCGCGGCGCUGUCGCUAUUGCGCCGCAAGGACACUCGAGACGAUGAAUCCGGAUCUGAAGACGGUCGAUUAUCGACCACGGGCAGCCAUGCUUCCCCUCCGAAAUCCAGCGCGCCCCGAAGCCAUGUGUCUCGACUCUCAACACCAUCGGCUGUUCUGAGCAGAACACCUUCUAACAACCAGGCUGCUGCAAACGCAAAAGCUUCUCCAACUCAAGAGACCAAAACCGGUAGCCUGGAACAAUCUAUACGCAAAUUUAGGGUUGUUGAGGCCCUGAGGAGCGGAGAUACCGCAUCCAUAUCCAAGGUCAUUCGGGAGACGGCGGACGGGCUCCCACGUGCAAGCACAUCGUCGCAUAGUGGGGCUAGUGCUGCUGGGGCAUUGGAAGAUACGACGAUACUUCAUUUGGCUAUGCAAUGCGCCGAGUUCCCCGUUAUCGAAUACGUUCUGUCCGAUGGCCUCGGCAGCUUGGACGUGAAUGCUCGGGAUAAAGAUGGCAACACUCCGCUGCAUGUUGCCGCCAUGCACAGCCGCACUCAGGCAGUUAAGCUUCUCUUGGAGCAAAAAGAGAUCAACGAUGCGAUUGCAAAUUCUCAGGGCAAAUUGCCCAUCGACCUAGCUCGAAACCCCGAGAUAUUCCAGCUCCUUCAGCUCUCUCGAUCCCUCUUCGCAGACACCAAGGUGCAGCAGGUACAGGACCUGAUCGCCAAGGGCGACUACGAAACUCUUGCCCAGGUGCUGGAAGAGGCGCGAUUAAAGACUAUGCUGGACAUCAAUAGCACUGAAUUUGUGUUGGAUCCAGCUGUUGUGCAGGCUGGAGGCACAUUACUCCAUGAAGCAGCCAGAAAGAAGAACACUCAGCUCAUCCAGGUCCUAUUGCUUCACGGCGCCGACCCCUUUCGUCGUGAUCGAAGAGGCAAGCUGCCUCAAUCCAUUACCAGCGACGACAAUGUCAAGGCCAUUCUAAAGAAGUCGCCAGCUGCUGUAGCGGCCCAGAGAGGAAUCCAAGAGAAAGCUGUCCUGGGACACGCUGCCUCCCAGAAUGCCGCAGCUGGCGGACCCAGCGAUCCCUUGGCGGGACGUGAAGCUCGCGAGAUGAAGGGAUACUUGAAGAAAUGGACCAACUAUCGCAAGGGUUACCAGUUGAGAUGGUUUGUGCUCGAGGAUGGCGUGUUGAGCUACUAUAAGCACCAAGACGAUGCUGGUUCUGCAUGCCGGGGCGCCAUCAAUAUGAAAAUUGCCAAACUCCACAUGAGCCCAGAUGAAAAGACCAAGUUCGAGAUUAUCGGAAAGUCGUCCGUAAAGUACACUCUCAAAGCGAAUCAUGAGGUGGAAGCCAAACGAUGGUUCUGGGCCCUCAACAAUUCAAUCCAGUGGACCAAAGAUCAGGCGAGAGAGGAGGAGCGCCAGGCAGCUCGUAGCGCGGAGCUUCUUCGGCAGGCCAAGGCCGACCAGAGCGGCUCGCUCUCUAUCCAAGAUUCUCACAGCGAGAACACGAGCAUGACGGAUUUGAGGCGUGUCAGCACGCAGCCGCAAGCGCGCCCAAUCUUGGCUGUUAAAAAGUCAGACAUGACUGGGACAAGUUUAGCGGAGAGCGUGGAAGAGGAAGAUUUCGUGGAUACCUUUACAGAAGCGGAUGGACAUGGAGCUGGUCCUGGCACGGCACCCGGAGAUCAAGAUGACGAUGACGACUAUGGAGAAGACACUAGCGGUCGCGAAGAGCCCCAAGCAACUAAGGAUGCGCUCAACAUUACUGCGCAGUCAGCAAAACUGCAGCUGGAGACGAUGGCAAGCGUUCACUCAGCCCUUUUGAGUGAACUUUCCCUCCGCCCUGCUACGCCAAUAUCGGAUGUUCAAGUCGCGCAGGCUCUCUCCACAUACGAUGCUGCUAUCCGAAGUUUGACGGGUCUGGUCGGGGACCUGCUCCGGAUUUCAAAAGACCGUGACGCAUUCUGGCAAUAUCGUCUUGAUCGGGAGUCUGAUAUGCGGCGUAUGUGGGAGGAGAGCAUGGCACAGGUAGCUCGCGAGCAGGAGAUCCUCGAAGCCCGGGUCGGUGAAUCGGAGAUGAAGCGUAAGCUGGCCAAGAAGGCGCUGCGUGAGGUGAUGGAGGGUAGUGGUCUGCCUUCUGCUAGCGUGACACCAACGAUCGAAAAGGUUCAGGAAGAGGUUGAAGAGGCUGCUGCCAUUGCCAAGGCAUCGAGCAAAAACCUGGCCCGAAAACAGACUGCUCUUGAGCAGUUGGCGGAGAUGUCUGACAGUGAGUCUGGAGUAGAGGACGAGUUCUUUGAUGCUGUAGAUGCUGGCGACGUCGAAGUUACGGAGCUUCCCCACAUUGAAGCAAAGCAGGAGACGAAGGAAGUUGCUACUUCUGGCUUGGAUCUUAGCAGCUCUUUCAAGGGAUAUGAGAAUGGAAUUCGAUCCAGGCUCAAAAUGGAGAGUGAUGAUCGGCCCAAAAUUUCUCUCUGGGGUAUCCUCAAGUCAAUGGUUGGCAAGGAUAUGACCAGGAUGACACUGCCUGUGUCAUUUAACGAGCCGACAUCAUUACUGUAUCGCUGCGGUGAAGACAUGGAGUACGCGGAUCUCCUCGACUUAGCAUCCGAACGCGCCGACUCGAUCGAAAGACUCAUGUACGUGGCCGCUUUUGCUGCCAGUGAGUACGCAUCUACCAUUGGCCGAGUUGCAAAACCUUUCAAUCCCCUGCUGGGUGAAACAUUUGAAUAUGUUCGCCCUGACAAAAACUACCGCUUCUUCAUCGAGCAGGUCAGCCACCACCCGCCAAUCGGCGCUGCCUGGGCAGAGGCACCCAACUGGACGUACUGGGGUGAAUCGCGAGUCAAGUCCAAAUUUUACGGCAAAUCGUUCGACAUCAACCCUCUUGGAACAUGGUUCCUCAAGCUUCGACCUACCGUUGGGGGAAAAGAAGAUUUUUACACGUGGAAAAAGGUGACAUCCUCGGUUAUCGGCAUUAUCACAGGAAAUCCCACGGUAGACAACUACGGCCUCAUGGAAGUCAAGAACUGGACGACUGGAGAAGUAGCUGAGGUUGACUUUAAGGCUAGGGGAUGGACUGCCUCAAGCGCAUACCGGAUUGCGGGCAAGAUCAUGGAUGCCUCAGGCCAGGUGCGAAUGAGCCUAGGCGGUCGCUGGAACUCCAGGUUAUAUGCCCGAUUGACUCCAGGGUACGAGGCUGCUGUUGACGCGCCCUCAACUAAGAAUGGAGAUAUUGUCCACCGAGGUAGCAUCGCAGAUCCAAGCCGGGCUUACCUUAUCUGGCAGGCCAAUGAGCGACCGACGGGCAUUCCUUUCAACCUGACUCCGUUUGUGCUUACAUUCAACCACAUCGAUGACAACCUAAGGCAGUGGAUUGCCCCUACAGACUCACGUUUGCGACCAGAUCAACGGGCCAUGGAGGAUGGAGAGUACGAUUUUGCCGCGACAGAGAAGAAUAGGUUAGAAGAGAACCAGCGUGCCCGCCGACGAGCGCGUGAGAUUGCUAAUGGAAAUUUCAAUUCCAAAUGGUUCACAAAGGAAAUCUGUGAAAUUACAGGCGAAGAGUACUGGAAAUUCAACGGCGAGUACUGGAGGCGGAGAGAAAAGGCCGGACCUGAUGGCGAUUACGAGGCAGCGUGGGCAGGUUUGGAGCCUAUUUAUGACGAUAUACAGGCUUAG